CACCUGCAUCUGAAGCGGUCCAUGCCAGCUCAUGCGGAUCCCAAGCUCGGACAUGUGUCCAAAGGCUCAGCCGUGUUUGACAAGCACAGACAGGACAUGUCUGGGAUGAAAGUUGGAGCCAGCAGUGGUUCUCAUGAGGACAUUCCUGGGAAAUGGCCCCUGGAGGACGGAGUCAGCAUCUACCGCUCCCCCAGAUGUGCCAGGCCUCAGCUGGGGCUGGGCGCUGUCACCAGACAACCCACGGCCAAAACACCAGGUCAAAAGUCGUCAUCGGCGGUGCUCGGACCUCACGGUUGGUUGCCAGGAAGCUUCAGGGGAACAAAGGAGGUCAGGUCCAGAGAGCUCCCCCAGGAACCUUUUGCUUCAAUCCGGCCAGUCUGGUCUUCGUCCUCCGGGAUUCUCCGCCCUUCCUCCUGCCAGAGUGAGCGGCGUCCCGAGGACCUUGUCGUCCAUGUCCGGUGACAGCAAUACUUGGCAGACCUGGAGAAGAGAGACGCUGAAGGAGUCAGAGGCGUCCUCCCCGAAAAAAUCUGCAGCGGUUUCGCCUAAGCCUCAAUCCCCUGCCCGCGGCGGGCGCUGCGGCUCAUCGCAGGAAGUGGACCGGGCCCUCAUCAAGCUGCUGCGGGAACGCUGCGAGCAGCAAGCACGCCAGCUAAACAGCCUGCAGGCGCAGCUGAAGAAGGCCUCGCUGUGCAUGAGCGUCUUCUCCAUCACCACGCAGCACUUCUGUCACAAGAGCGAGAGUGCAGCUGUGAGGGAAGGGGAACUGUCCCAGGAGCUCGCCAGGAUCAGGGAUGAAGUGGCUUUCAGCGUGUCCCACUGGGAGCAGCUGCAGCGGGAGAAGCAGGAGCUGGAGCGCCGUUUCCAGGCCGAGCUCAGGGGCCUGCGGGCCGAGCAGCGGGUGCAGCUGGGAGCGCUGGAGGAGCGGCUGAAGGCGCAGCACGCCGACGACAACCGCGGCCUGAGGGCCCACCAGCGUGCCCGACUGGACCGCCUCAGGCUGCAGCAGCAGGAGCAGAUGGAGGAGAUGAACGAGAACCACCAGGCCUCCCUGGUGGAGAUGGAGGCCACGCACAACGAUACGCUGGCCACCCUGCGAGAGGAGCACGACCGCACCGUGAAAAAUCUGAAGAUGGCCCACGAGCAGCAGAGGAAGUCUGUGGAGGAGGACUUUGAGAAGAUCAGACUCUCCUUGCAGGAUCAGGUGGACAUGCUGACCUUCCAGAACAGGAGCCUGAGGGACCGGGCCAAACGCUUCGAGGAAGCCCUCCGCAAGAGCACCGACGAACAGAUCGUGGAUGCUCUGGCGCCGUACAAACACAUUGAGGAGGACCUGAAGAGCCUGAAGGAGGUGCUGGAGAUGAAGAACCAACAAAUCCAUCAGCAGGACUUGAAGAUUACUGAGCUGGAGAAAAUACAGGCUGAAAAGAACGUUCACCUGGAGGAGCGGGUGCAAGUGUUGCAGCAGCAGAACGAGGACCUGAAGGAACGCAUCGACAAGAACCUCGCCGUGUCCAGGCAACUUUCGGAAGAGAACGCCAACCUGCAGGUGCACGUGGAGAAGGAGAGCACGGAGAAGAAGCGGCUGAGCCGCACCAACGAGGAGCUGCUGUGGCGUCUGCAGACGGGCGAGCUCAGCCCUCGCAUGUCGCCCAGCGGCUCGCCCGUCCACCGCCCGCCCUCCCUGCCCGGCUCGCCCGCCCGCCCGCACUCCUACCACCAGUGACCCCCGCCGCCGCCGGACACUUUGUGCAAACGACACUCAGGAGGAUUUUUAUUUUUUAUUUUUAAAGACACACCCGGCAACUUGGACAAAAGACACACUGACGUUCUCCUUUUGCCUUCAUCUGUCAUCUAGCACGACGGCCGUUCAUUUUCUUCCACCCCACCAGCGAGGACCAAAUUUCGCAUUGCUAAUGGGCAACUGGGGAAGUGGGCAGCUUGCAUCUGGUGGCAUCUUGGUGCCAAGAAACCACUCAAGUGAGUUGAGGAACUUUAUUUCGACAAAAGUAGUCCUCGAUGGCACCACUUGCUAGCAGAGCGGGAUAGAAAAGAAAUGGCCGGCGGAUGGGUGCCUUGCUCAAGGGCUGCGCGCCAUGCCGACCGACCACAGGGAUUGAACCGGUUGAAUCCGUCCGUCUCAUGUUGACGGGAACACGGGUAUUUGUCAUGUUAUGUUUGCUUUUGACUUGCCCCAGAUGGCAAAGCCAAGGAAUUUCUGAUGAUGAUGAUGAUAACCAUAGAUCAGCAAAUGGAACAGCAUGAGGAAAGUGGAAGAAGUGCAUACAAAUGGAAUGGCCAAGUCAGACAUUUUGUCCUUAUGUGAGGAGAAAAACGGAUGUGGAAUUAAAAUCGGGUUAAUAUGCAGGUAAGCCAUUCAAUGCCAUACUUUUUUCUCGACAAAAUGUUGUGUUCACGGAUUUGUUAUGACAGAUUUGUAUCAAACACAUUUUAAGGAAUAAUAUUUGAAAUAUGAUGAAAACAGGUGAGAGAAUUUGAUCCAUUCCAAUUGGUCGGUAGAAUGUUCUAAAAGGCAACGGAAUGCCCCUCUUUGGCCGCGACUGACACUCUGGAUGGAGUUAUAAAGUCUUUGUUUACAUUUCUCAAGAUUGUAUUUCAAGAUUUGUUGUCUUCAAAGCAUGUCCUCGUGCAUUUUGGUGAUUUCUAUUUCUUUGCUAAGAGACGUCAUGUACAUGUCUUUGUUUGUUUGUUUCAUUGCUCUUCCAGCCAAAUUGCAUGUGUUAGCAAAUAUAUGUGUGUGUGUGUGUGUGUGUGUGUGUGUGUUGUCGCCACUCUUUGUACGCUAGCAUUAAAUCACCAUAGCAAAAUAAAUGAAUGAAUCAACUUUUUA